AUGGCUGAUAAAAUUAAAGAAAAGAAGGAACGAAUAAACAGUAUUCAUAAAGAUUUGGUCAACGAUUAUCUUAAUGUAUUUAAAGUAAUGAAGAAUGGAACUCUUCACGCAAAUAAUGAAAACUGUACAAAAGUUCAAAAUUUUUUAGACGUAUAUGAACCGAUGUUCCGCGCACUUGGAUAUAGGUUAAAAACUAUUGAACCAUUUGAACAUAUGGGUCAAAGUGAUGUUGAAAAAUUAAAUAGAAAUAAACAACGAAUGUUAGAUUUAUUCGGUAUAGCUAGUCAAUUAUAUUUAGGUUCAUGUUCAGCUCUUGGAAUUCAACCCGAUUACAAAUACGUUGAAUUUCAAAUAAUUGAAGAUUUUAAAAAUGAAUAA